UCCUCCUUGCCGUGAAGCUUCGACAUGCGCGUUUCUGAGCGAGCUCCCUCCCACGUACAUAAGCUAGCGUCUGUCGUGCCUAUAUAAACACAUGGCCACGCAACAACAUUUGCAGCAACGUAGCGGCGUCAAGCAAAGCAAAGGGUUGGUUUGAGCAGCCUCUCCCUCUAAUCAACCAGCCCGCCGAGACCUUGUCAGCUCACCGAGGCCAAGGAGACGUGCGAUGGUUGCGUCGUCGUCGAGCGAGUUCGGGACGCUGUUCGCCGCGUUCGACAGGGACGCGGACGGCAGGAUCUCGGCCGCCGAGCUGCGGCUCUGCAUGAAGGCGACGCUGGGCGAGGACGUGUCGGCGGAGGAGGCCGAGGCGCUGGUGGCCUCGGUGGACGCGGACGGCGACGGGCUGCUGGACGGGGACGAGUUCGAGAGGCUGGUGCAUGCGGAGGUGGAGGAGGAGGAGCGCUGUAGAGGGCUCGAGGAGGCGUUCGGGAUGUACGAGAUGGAAGGCCAAGGGUGCAUCACGCCGAGCAGCCUGAAGCGGAUGCUGGGCCGGCUGGGGUCGGAGCAGGGCAUCGACGAAUGCCGCGCCAUGAUCUGCAGGUUCGAUCUCAACGGCGAUGGCGUGCUCAGCUUCGACGAGUUCAAGAUCAUGAUGAGCGCUUGAAGCUUGUCAGGAAUCAGGAUCGAUCGGUUGUGCUUCUUGUUGCCGGUUGUCGUACGUGUAUGUAUAUACAUAGCUGUUGAUUGGUUCACUUGAUUGGUGUAGGGUGUUCAUACAUAGUCCGUUCGUUCAUUCAUUUGUUAAAUUGGCAGCUCUGUCUGUAUUUAUAGGCGUAAUACUGUAAUUCCCUUGUGAACUCCGAUUGUGGACUGUCUGUGUGCUCUUCAA